UUUGAGCACAGAGAGAGAGAGAGAGAGAGAGAAGGCCCCAAAAGAAGUUCACACAAGGAAAGCAGAAGACUGAUAAUAAAAUCAUUCAGAGAGAGAUGGGGAGAGGGAAGAUAGAGAUAAAGAGGAUAGAGAACACGAACAACAGGCAAGUUACAUACUCAAAGAGAAGAAGUGGGAUCAUCAAGAAGGCCAAGGAGAUCUCUGUUCUCUGCGAUGCUCAUGUCGCCGUCAUCAUCUUUGGCUGCUCCGGGAAGAUGCAUGAAUACUGCAGCCCCAAAGCUUCGUUGGUUGAUAUAUUGGACCAGUAUCACACACAGUGUGGGACGAGGCUUUGGGACGCUAAGCAUGAGAAUCUGAGUAACGAGAUUGAUAGGAUCAAGAAGGCAAACGAUAACUUGCAGAUGCAGCUCAGGCACCUAAAAGGAGAGGACAUAACAUCACUGAAUUAUAAAGACUUGAUGGUCUUAGAAGAUGUUCUCGAAAACGGCCUCGGAUGCGUUCGAGACCAAAAGGACGAGGUUGUCGUGAAACAUAGGAGAAAUCUGAAGCAGAAGGAGGAGGUAAUUAAGGAGCUCUAUCUCUUUGGGCAACAUACGGAGAUGAUGAUGGCUGAAAAUGGCAGAGGUGGGGAUGAUGCAUACCAUCAAAGACUCAACUCUCACACGCCUUUCGCCAUCCGAGGUCGGCCAGUUCAGCCGAAGUCGCGAGAAAGAAUCUGAAACUUCUCCUGCGGUGAUCGACGAUUCAACACUCGAGUUGCCUUUGCACGCUACUUUAUGAAGUCUCUUAUAUAUGUAUGUUUCCAGGGUGAUAUGUUAGCAGAUGCCGGAUAGUGCGUACAUAUUGAAUGUACAAGGUGUAAUUGAAGCGCCUUGGCUUGGCUUUGGACUAGCUAGUCUUUUGUUCUUUAGUACUUCUAAAAACCAUAGCGAUUCACUUUGAAGUCCAAGAAAUUGUGUGCAUUAUGAUUUUCUUUGUGCAGUUGAUUUCGUAUUGUUCA